AGUGUUGUCCCGGAAAGCAUUUCUUGUUUGGCGGUACCUUGUAGUAGCCUGUAGUCGAGUUGUUUUAUAUAGUUAGAGCAGACAUUUAUGUUACAACACAACUUAUUCACACAUUCACUGUUAACCUCUUGAACUUGUUUCGCUUGCACCCACGGGGCUAGUUAGCUAAAAAGCAAGACGGUUCGUUUGGGGAAGUACGUGCCUCUCUGCCAGGAUGUUCCUCAGUGUCCUGGUGUGCUGCUUGUCACUGGCUGCCGUGGGGCAGCAGGUGAACGACGACUGGGUCGACCCUUAUGAUAUGCUCAACUACGAUUCAAGCACCAAAACGAUGAGGAAGCCCACUGAGCCAGCUACCUAUGACAAUGUGGCAACCAAAAGAAGAGAAUACACUCAGGACUCCAGCCAGGCCAAGUUAGAGACGUGCAGCAGUCAAGUAGUGGAUCUACAGAAACAGAUUGAGGAACAAAAGAAGAAGAUCACACACAUGUCACAGCAGCCUACGUGCAAUCCAGUGUUCAAGAGAUUCCUUAGCAGGCUGUUGAAGGAAAUAAAAAGACUUGGUUUGCCCAGUGACUCCUCAGACCUCUUCUAUGAUGCCAAAAUCAGAUUGUCCAAACAAUCCAUAACAGAGAUUCAGACACUUCUGGAGGGUGAAGACAACUGGAGAACCGGGGCUCUGGACAAUGCCAUCAGUCAGAUACUGGUGGAUCUUAAACCACAUGACUAUGAGGCCUGGAAGUGGCGUUUUGAAGACACUUUCGGCGUGGAGAUUGACACGCUGUUAAAAGUGGGGCUGGGUGUUCUGGUCAUAAUGGCCAUCAUCAGCACUCAGCUGUGGUCGACUGUUUCCUGGUUCGUGCAGUUCAGAAGACUGUUUGCUGUCUGUUUCUUCGUCAGUAUUGUCUGGAACUGGUUUUACCUUUAUAAGAUUAAAUUUGCUGAGCACCAAAGCAACAUAGCAAAGAUGGACAGUGUAUAUGAAAAAUGCACUGGAGUGAAGAAAAUUGACUGGAGUGAUAGUCUGAAAGAGUGGUUCAGAAGCACAUUGACUCUUCAGGAUGACCCUUGUAAGAAAUACUAUGAAGUCCUCAUGGUCAACCCCGUUCUGCUGGUACCCCCAACCAAGGCGAUCUCAGUUACCAUCACAACCUUCAUCACAGAGCCACUGAAGCACUUUGGCCAGGGGAUCAGUGAAUUUCUUCGAGCCCUCCUCAAAGAUCUACCAGUUACCCUGCAGAUCCCAGUUCUCCUCACAGUCGUUCUCUCCAUUGUGGUAGUCUUGUAUGCAAGUGUGCAGGCAGUCUUCCAGCAUGGCAUCACUGCACCUCUGCGACGUCCUCGAAGGGAUCCAGGGCCUCCGGAGCUUGAGCCGCAUCAGCCUCAGCUCCAGAGGAUCGAGGGUCGCGACCGCUUUGAAGAAGGGGACGCGCCACAGCAAGCCCCAAGGCACCAAGCCCCAAGGCACCAAGCCAAUGAAGGCAGGUUAGGCAGGAAUGACGUUCGUCAGAGGGCCCCCAAAAGACCCGAGGAAAAGCGAGUAGAGACACUCCUACCUGUCUAUAGUGAGGAUGAGACGGAUGCUGCACGGCGCGAAGGAGGAUCCGAGGCCGAGCAGAAUCUCUCCGCUGACUCAGAUUCAGAAAACCAGCCGAAGACACAAGAGGAACCGGCAGGAGCGAGCGCUAGCAGUGUUGCUCCGAAAACAUCCCAAGCAAAAACUAAACCCACUGAGUCAGAUUCAUCUCAAUCAAAGGCUAAACAUCUGAAAGUGAAAAAGGAUCGUUCUCAGGAUGAACCGAGCAGAGACAAUGCAGCACUCAGACCUCAGCCUGCAGGAGGGCAGCCUUCACAGACUGACGUUCCACAUUACGAAUGCACAAACAGGAUGGUGGAUAUUCACAUGCUUCACAAAUUGGGCCAGGAAGCCUCAGCUGAAGACAGGACCUCCUCUCUCUCACUGACACACAUCGAAACUGUCGGAGUUCCUGUUCAGGAGACAAAUCCAGCACCAGCACCAGCACCAGAGUAGACAGCUGCUACAUCAACAGCGUCAUUGGUGUGUGGUGACAGACAUUGCUGAAUUGUACAUCAGCAAGAUUUUAAAGGCAGCCCAAUGUGGAACCACCACUGACUUAAUCUUGUUGCCGUGUAGUCACCUGAAUGUGCCCCUCUGUUUGAUGAAUCUGUUCUACAUUUGAUGAUGAUUUUGACUGAUUUUUAUUUCCUCAGUCAGAGAGAGCACAGAGUUUAGUCAACUGCACAGCAGCCAGACUAAAACCAGGGCCAGGGAAACAGAAAGCAGAUACAGUUUUGUUUACUUGAUCUGGUGUUUUGGUGUGUUUUAUCCAUGGGCAGGAAUCAAGAUCGCAUAGAACUCGAUUUCCUAGAUUCAAUGUAAUGAUAAAAGACCAAGUAAAACUUGGUAGCACAAUGAAGACAGUGUUUCAACUUUUGAAGUUUAGAUAUAUAUUUGGGUUUUGUAAUUUAAAAGGGAUAGUAGUAUUUCUUCUUUGCUGUUUUGUUACAAUAAGCCAUUUUUGUGGUGAUUGAUUGUCUAUCAGCUUUGCUGAGCAGCAGAUACCUCCUUUCAUUUUCUAUGAAAAAGGACAAACUGCUUGUACAAAGCAUUACGGGAUGUAUGUACAUCUGGCAGAAUAUGCAUACGCAUAAUGCUAAUUUUACAGUAUUUUCCAUUUUGCUCACAAUUCAUUAUUUAAUUUAUUAUAUGAGAAACACUACAAUGGUGACCUUUGUAGAAAUCAGAUAUCAUGAAUGUCCAGCUUUUGGUUUAAUGGAGGAUAGAUCUUUCUCUGAUCACAAAUCAUCAUCAUAUAUGUAUCAAUGUGUUAUUAUGAUAUCAUACUGAAACUCGCACCCUGGUGAAUACAAGGAAGAUACAGCAUAGACACUGCCUGAAAAGAGUUUUUUUUUUUUCUUUUUUCAUGUAUCAGUCAUGUGUGAGUAAGAGUGCUGGCAGUUUAUAGCAACACAAUGCAUGUCAGUGUUGCUAAUUUUCUGUUAUUGAUAUGAAAACAGGCUGAACCCAGGUUAUAUCCAGUUCACAGCAACUUUAACAUUUGACCUUUCAGUAUUCGUGUCCGCUCUGACAGUCAGUAGGUGACGAGAGAUUCUGUAGUUUCCAAAAAAGUAGGUUUUUAGCUCAAAGAAAAUCAUUAAUCACUGCAUGGGAACCAUGUUUCGAUUUGAUCCACCGCUCUCACUCUGUUUACUGCAAACCCAAGAUAGUGACAGUAUGAAAAUCACGUCACCGUACAGAGAAGCAGCAGCUUGAAAGAAGUAGACAUCUCAAAGAAGCGGUGGAUAGGAUAAUGAAAAACAUCUGCAAACGAUGAGGUCCAUAAUGCCAGGCAGGCCAAUAAUGCCAAUAAGAAAUUAAAUAAUUUAAUUUACACUGCUUUCAUUUUUAAUCUGAGACAUCUGUGAGAAUUUUAUGGUCAUUUUCUGCCAUAUUUGUUUAAGAUAAAAAAUGGACCCUGUUUGUAUGAAAAAAAAAAUCUUUAAAUUCUCUUUGCAAUACAAAAUAAAUCUGAAAGACAAACA